GCGCGGCACCGCCGCACCAAGGCGCUCAUCUUCUACGGCACUGACUUCCGCGCCUACGAGGCGCCGCUGCCCCGCCUGCCCCACCAGACGUGGGCGCUCUUCCACGAGGAGUCGCCCAUGAACAACUUCCUCCUCUCGCACUCGCCCGGCAUCCGCCUCUUCAACUACACGGCCACCUUCCGCCGCGAGUCGGACUACCCGCUGACGCUGCAGUGGCUGCCCGGCGCGGGUUACCUGCGGGGCCCGGCGCUGCCCCUGGCCGAGAAGGACGCGUGGCGGCGGCGGGGCUACGGCCCGGUGCUCUACGUGCAGUCCCACUGCGACGUGCCCUCGGACCGGGACCGCUACGUGCGGGAGCUCAUGAAGUACAUCCAGGUUGACUCCUAUGGGAAAUGCCUUCAUAACCGCGAGCUUCCCAGCGAGCGACUGAGAGACACUUCAACAGCCACUACAGAAGAUCCCGAGUUCAUGGCUUUUAUCGCUAGGUACAAGUUCCACCUGGCCUUGGAGAAUGCCAUAUGUAACGACUACAUGACAGAGAAACUGUGGCGUCCAAUGCAUUUGGGUGCUGUCCCAGUAUACCGAGGCUCCCCAGCCGUACGGGACUGGAUGCCAAACAACCUCUCCAUCAUUCUUAUCGAUGACUUUGAGAGCCCCCAAGAGCUGGCCAAGUAUCUUGAUUUCCUUGACAAGAAUGGAGAAGAAUACAUGAAGUACCUAGAGUAUAAAAACCUUGAUGGCAUCAAAAACCAGUUCUUGCUGGAGAGCUUGGAGAGGCGGGAGUGGGGUGUGAAUGACAUGACUUUGCCCAAUUACCUGAAUGGCUUUGAGUGUUUCAUCUGUGACAGGGAGAACGCCCGGGUCAGAGCGGAGCAGGAACACAAAAAGUCUGGUGGAAAAACUCCAGCUCCUGCACCUCACAUAGCUCAUUUCCAGCACAUGGGAUGCCCUAUGCCAACCCCUGGGUUUGGAAGUGUUGAAGACCUCCCUGGGGAAGACAGUUGGAAAGAGAUGUGGCUUCAGGACUAUUGGCAAAGCCUUGAUCAGGGUGAGGCCCUCACUGCUAUGAUUCAUCACAAUGAGUCACAUCAGGGAAGAUUUUGGGAUUAUAUGCAUGAGAUUUUUCUCAAGAGGACCAGGCAACACUGAUCCAUCCCUGUAAGAGCUUGGUUUGAAAAUUGCAUUGAAAGUUGUGACUGAGAAUUCUUACUUCUCUCCAGAUGUUUGCCUUGAAAUAGAAGAAACUCUUGCAGACUUUUUCUGGUGCAUGAAGUGAGUGAUUCUCUGUUGUGAUUUCAGCUGUGGAGAUGUUAGCAACUGCUUGUAUCUGAAUUUCAGCUCUGUGGUGUGAAGCUCCUCCUGACACGCAGGAGGAGCAGAAGAGGAAUUUUGCAUUUGGUAUUGCUUCCCUGUGGCUUCCUUGAUUUCAGAGGAACGUAUUUCAGACUCUGCUCAAAUGCCCUAAGUUAUUUCGGGAACUUUUUUAUAUCCAAAAUACUUGUUUUUUUAUAUUUUACCACAUACUCUCCUCAUUAAGUUAUACUUUUAACUGAUAUUAACAACUAGCUUUUCCAGUGAAUGAAUUCCAGAAGACUUAUGUGGAGAGCAGUCGUGCCUUAUGAAAUUGCAGCAAUAAAGUCUCUUCUCUCCAAGUAAAUGUGCCUCAAACGUUCCUCCUUCUCAGGGUAACUGAACAGCUAUAGGCAAGUCACUUACUCUGCCUCAUUUUUCUCUUACGCUAACUUUCCAGGUGACACAUACAAAUGAGACAAGAGCCUAGAUUGUUUAAUUCACAACUUUGAUAUUUGACAACAGAGUAUUGCCUGGUAUUGUGCAGAACCAGGGUAGAAUGAGCUGCUUUGUUUCUUAUAAGUUUCUGUAAAAUCUUAAAACCCAACAAUAAUCUUGACUAAUUGAUUUCUCCCUAAUGCGAUUCAAAGGCCUUUGGUUUGUUCUUCUUGCGUAUCUGCAUCUUUCUGUGAAGACAAAUACAUUUUAAUGGUGGUGCUUUUCCAGUGCUUCCUCCAGUUUGGAGAUGAACCUUGCAGUCUUUUUGUGCUGAGAUGGAUGAUCAGAAUGGGGAACACAGAGGUGGCUUUGUAUCUCUACCUAAUCUUAAUGCAGUAUGACCCUGGUUUGUGACCGGAGUUCCUAAAAGUAAGUGAUCACGUAUAAAUCACCUUUGCUGCAUAACCUGUAUCUCUUAAUAAAUAAAUAAAAUGUGCCAUUACCUGGCAUGCUGGUACUUUCCUGAAAUAAUUGAUCUUGGAUUGGAAGGAGACUUGUUUUUCUUGUCUGAGGGGUUGAAAUGCACAGGCCACACACUUCAGUGAUGUGUCUAACAGUCUGGUGCUAUUUCUCACUUCUCCUCUCUCUUUGGAAAUAACUACUGGAUAAAUAGCCAGAGUGUAUCUAUGCUUAAGGUAGAUCAUUGGAUCUUUGAGGUGAUUUCAUUUUGUAAGGCAGUCCAAGUGCUGCUGGGACGAGCCAGAAGUCUAUGACUACAAUUUGGGAACAGGACUAAAUCCACGUUCUGUUACAUCGUCAUCUAUUGUUAAGCUGCAUAUGGAUCAGUUAAUCUCCUUUUUUCUCAAAUUCCAAUUCAUAAUAUUUUGGGUAUUCUAUGGAUAUAAUAUUCUUAUAGGUGAUGACACUCAUCUGAGUGUUUAUUUCUCAGGAGAUACAGUAAUGCUGUAGUGUUGAACUCUGGGCAUUGUGAACAAAGAAGACCCACAAUUAAUCUCUGCAUUCUUGUGGGUAUGGAAAAUGCAUAUGUAAUACACUGAUCUCACCUGACUUUUUGUACAAGUCUUUUUUUCCUUCUGUAAUAAAGUAACAAGUGGCUCUUCAGCUAAAAUGCAUUCACCAGUAUACAUUCCUUUUUUUCAGGUACUCGGGCUACAGGGAUGAUUAGGUGGCUAUAUCUGAAUUAUUUUUUCAAAUGGAUUAUUCAAAACAGAUUAAGAUAUAGAUCUGUAUAUUCAGAAUUGAAGUGGUCACAGUGUGCUUCAGAAGUAAAUAAAGAAAAUUAAGACUGCUUUAGCUCUGAAUAUGAACUUCUACUGAACUGCUUAAUGAGAUUUAAAUAAAUUGUCUGAAUUAA